AUGCUCGACGUGGCUGUUUGGUCAUCACAGUGUCAGGCCGCUGAUCCACUACCCGGCGCGUCUUCCACUCAAACACAACUCGCCUCUACCCUGCUACAACAAAAUAAGAAUCAGCCCCAGGCAUUGGGCCGAAAAGUGUCUAAUCAGCGGUUCCCUCGAUUCCCGUUCUUGCACACCAAACAGGCGACAGUGCCUGCGCUGCCUAUUGUAAGUACAUACUUUUUUUGAAUUGAAAAAAACAAAAAAUUGUAAUUGUAGCGUAAAGUCAACCUGUACUUUCUAAAACGGUUAAAAUUACAAUAAAAAAUAAAAAAUUACAUAAAUUCUAGUUUAAGUUGUAGUUCAAAAAGUUCUAGUAAUAGUUUGAAAGUACAGCAACAAAUUUUUCCAAAUUUGCAUAAAAUAAAAUUGUAAAAACGGGUCCCAACACGAAAAUGCUAGCUGGCCAAAACUGGGUUGGCAUUCCGCUUCAAUCAAAAGAGAGAAGCUUUUUGCUGUCGAGCAAAAAUAUCUAUGUGUAAAAAGUAGUGUGGAUGGUCAUAUGGUGAUAUUAUUUUCAUGAAACGGGCUAAUUUGGCGCUCAAUGAAACGCUUCUAAAAUCGACCGUUGGUCUAGCGUUGAAGGCUGGUUGUAAGUGGUCUGUUUUGUCCUUAAAACUAUGUGUUAAACUUUCCGGAACAUAAACUGCAAUCAAUAAACAAAGAAAACAAACCAAACUGAAGGCCAUCAGUCAAAAUAUAAGGUGACAGUGUUUCAUUUAUUACAAAUAUCAUCAGAGCGGAACUUUUCAUUGUCAAGUUUCGUAUGUUUUGGGCUUUCGUCAGAGUUCUUUUAGGCUAAAAUUAAGUAAAAUUAGCUAACAAGUACUUUUAGAAACAAAACUCAACUCUAGUGUUUUAGAUAUGCAGAUUAAAAGAUAUCUACUCUUACCAUCAUUCUAAAGUAAUAUUGUUUUAGGGUAAUAUCGCCAUGCUGUCUAUGGGUACACCAGCUGGAUCGUCGGCCGAAAGUGCAUCGAUUGCUUCGAUGCUACGGACUUCACACGCAGCUGGACAGAAUGUUCGCCAGAACAAGAUCGGGUUAUACAAACUGGGUAAAAAACUUGGGCAUGGUAAUUUUGGUACUGUUCGAAGUGCUAUUCACGAGAUCUCAAAGACCAAAGUCGCGGUUAAAGUGAUGGACAAGAACAAGAUCGACCCUGAGAAUAUGAUCAAAGUUGAGCGAGAAAUAACAGUAUUAAAGGCGUUGAGACAUCCAAACAUCAUCAAGUUAUACGAGGUAUGUCAACCUACUAUAAUAUAACUUCUGUUUUUAGAUUAUCAGGACUGAAACUCACUUGUACAUUGUAACGGAGUUGGCCACUGGAGGAGAGGUGUUUGACAUGUUAACCCAGAAGGGCAAACAGUCAGAGAAAGAUGCGAGAAAGAUCUUCCAACAGUUAUGUGCAGCUGUAGCUUACUGUCACGCCAAUGGCAUCGUACAUCGUGAUUUGAAGGCCGAGAAUAUUCUGUUAGACAAAGAAGGGAAUGUGAAGUUGGCUGACUUUGGUUUUUCGAACUUUCAACAGUCAGAUACUUUGCUACAGACAUGGUGCGGGUCUCCGCCGUACGCGGCUCCAGAAUUGUUGGUAGCAAGAGCGUACGAUGGUCGUCAAGCUGACAUCUGGAGUUUGGGAGUAAUGUUGUUUAUAUUGGUUACUGCUGAGUUUCCGUUCCAAGGUGGUACAAUCGACAACCUGAAGAUGGCCGUGCUUGGAGAGCUUCUCAACAUUCCUUUUUAUAUUUCUGUUGGUAAGUUUUAAAUUUCAUACGAAGUAUAAUUUUAUUAUAGAAAAGUUAUAAUUUAGUAAAUUUUAGAUAUAAAAACUAAUUUUUUUAAUUUCAGAAUGCGCUGAUCUGCUUAGAAAGAUGUUGACUGUUAUUCCGGAGAAACGCGCGACAAUGCCACAAGUAUUAAACCAUCGUUGGUUCACCCAAGAAAUGUCAAGUGAAAUUAAGAAUCUCAUUCACACCCCAACUUUAAAGAACCCGAAACCUCAACGAGAAGUGAGAUCUGCUUCAUCAAGUAUGCUGACUCACAACUUGGACCCUACAGUAUUAUUGUACAUGCAAAAGAAUACAAUUUGGUCUGAGGAGAAGGUGAUUGAGGACGCAUUACUUCAAAAGUUUGAAAGCCCUGUUUACGCCACAUAUUGUUUGUUAUGCGACAAAAUGCAACUCUUAAAACAACUCAGUAGGGCUUUAAUAACACCGUUUGAUGAAGAUGCUUGUCGCCGAGGCUCGAGAGGGUCAAUAACUUCUGGCAAAGCCAGAGUCGAUCCCGAACCUGAUCCUCAAUCUAUAACACAAGUUCAACUUGCUCAACUCAGUCUUUCCACGGCAUCUGACUGUGACUCCGACGAGUCCAUGGAAGAUGACCAUCCUCCCGAGCGCGAUCUCCGCAACUUUAUGACUCACGCUGAGUCCUCUACUUCCCACGAAGAAUACCUCAACGACCAACGACGGCACACGCUUUGUGCCUCUGGCCGAUUACCUAUUAAUCCUGUUCAAGCUCAACAAUUCGCCACUGACGCGCAUCAACAACUGCAACAACAGCUGUUGAUUAUGCAACACUUGCAGCAAAACCCAAUGUUUAUGGCAGCGAAUCCUCUACAGCAUCAGAUAACACAAAAGCUGUUGGAGAUGGCUGCUCACCAACAACAAAACGAACAGAAUAUGUACGCUUCUCAGAAUCCGGCUUUCUCUAAUUGUUCGCCAAAUCCACAGACUUUGGCUGGACUAAUGUGCAUGAAGAAUGGACUGUUUGACUACACCAAGCUGAUGAAACUUCCAAAUAAUCGUAAGUAUUUCUUUUAUUUGUCUUUCGUUUUUAGGUAUUUUUGAAAGUAUAUUGGACUAAAAAGUCACUGAAAGCUCUAACAUGAUGUUUGUAUGCUAAUUUUGUUAUUUUAUUUAUCUUUCCGUUAUCAAUACUUACAAGAACAUUGCUUUAGAAGAACGUCGAGCGAGUGCCAACGAAUCAGUAUUGGGAGUCCACGGUUUCCUGGCCCAGGUAAAUGCCCAAGCUAACGUUGUUAACAAGACCAAACUAAAACACUCAGUGGGCCUGAAUCAACCAGAAAACUCCAGAACAAUCGAAGAGGAAGGAGCUAUGUAUUUGAAUCGGUACGGUAACGCGAAACGUAACACUGUUCACGGAGCUCAGACCAUGAUGUCAGGACUGACAGUUGGUACUCCUUUACAAUCGGUGCCUCAACAACCUCGUUAUGCUCGGACUCCGUAUGCUAAAAGUAAUGGCAAUGAACGCAGAAGUUCGUGGGCAUCUACUACUAAUCAAGGGAUCAUGAACUCCCAACAAUUCUCGAAGUUGGAGAGUUUAUAUGCGCAGUCUUUGAGAGGAGCGGCAGCUGCUGCAGCUAAUGGAAGUGGCAAUCUUGCUAAUGGUGACCAAGCUUUUGGAAUUCCACAGCUUCAGGCUGAGUUCCAGCGUCUGAAAGCUACCACGGAGAAGGCUUCUGGUUCUAGCAGGUAAUUUUUGAAAAUUUAUUGAUAAAGCCUUACAGUUGUAAAAAAUAAAUUACAAAAAUGUUUUCUUGGUUACUUAACGUUAUUUGAAGCCAAUUAUUCUCUAAACUGUAACUUUUAGUUCUAACGUGAGUAUGAACGGCCCCCUGAAUCUCAACGCCCCUAGAAUCAGCAUUACCGACGAGAACAACAAGUCUUUGUUGGCUCCGAACUCACCAUCAUUCAAUCCGAUGGCUUAUGGCACUCCCAAGAAUCCGCCUCAGAGCCGGCCAGCUACAGUAAUAGGAUUCAGCGGUAAAAUGUCUCCGGAUAGCAGCCACAACAAUAAUAAUGGCAGUCCGGAGCCACCCAAAUGGAUUCACAUACCAGUGGCACCAAAUGUGGCUAUUGACAAAAUCUACGGAUACGUUCAGCAGAAGAACAUGAACUGCGAAAUACGGUCGGGUAGCGAAAACAACGGUAAGUCGAGGAUAUUGAUAUAGGUGGAAAAUUAGUAGAUUUUUCGAAAAAGUUUAAAAAUUUUGGCUUUUUAGAGAAAAAAUUGCUUUUAGGUAAUAUUAUACUUUAAAACUCACAAUAAUUCACCAUCUUUCAGGCGUAACAGAAAUACGUGUAAUAACCAACAAUCAGACCGUCUUCUCUAUGGCCAUCGACAAGUCGGCCGACAAUCCAGACAUCUCCAAGACUGAGUUCACUCUGAUCUGUGGUGAUCCAAACGAAGCUGAUGCCGUCCGUGUUGGCCUGAUGGAGUCGUUCGACUCUUGA